AUGGGGAAAUUGGACACGGACGCAUCGGACUUGCUCCAAAUUUCGCCGCCACGAUCCGGAGACAUGGACCUGAAGAAGAUUAAGAAAGAAGAAUACACUGGGUCUCACGAGAUUCCAAUCUUCUCGAAGCUAUAUCUGGCAGAAAUGAUUGGGGAAGCGUUGAGAGAAACUCGUCAUAUUGCAUUCAAAAAGACCCGACAGGACCAAGAGGAUAAUCACAACCCUUUCUCUCAUGAGGGGCCGACACCGUCACUCCGCCGCAGUCGGAGUCUCUACGGGCCGCAGGCAUGCCUGGGGUUUUCUCUUGUGUUCGCUGGGAUUGACCUGGCCGCACGAAAACUCAUCAUCAACAUCGCAAUGAAGUUAAACGAUAACCUCAAACUCCAAAGCCGAGUGCGAACUUCUAUCCCAGUCACCGGACGAAUAUUCGUUGAAUCGCUCGUUGCCGGCACGUUAUCAAAGGACAAAAAAAGGAUCAAGCCCGCAGUCUGGUCAAACGGACUGUGGAAGAGACCGGCACCGAAGUAUAUCGGGCCAGCAUGUCGUCCAAACUGGCUUCAAAGAGAUCUUCGUAUGGUCGGAGACGCCAUCCUAGGCAACCCUCAGCAAUCAAAGAGUGCCAAUUCAUUUAGGCUGGUGGACCUUGCAACCCCCUUGGCCUUUUACGUCUGCUCUAGGUAUCCGCCGGCAACGUUGAACUGCAUGUGGGGGUUUCGAUUUUCGAAGCCCACUUCCCUCUGCCGUGCUGAACAUUGUACGGAUACUGCGUACACAGUAGACGAGCAUUACCGGACGGAAAUGCUGGAGAUAGCGCCAUGGCCACAAGCUGACAGCAUGUUUGGCUUCAACGCACGACAUGUAAGUAUGGCCGUGGCCGGCAGGCACUGGGACAAGACGCUUGAAAUUGGCAUAUUGAACGAGAACGGAUUUGUGGGCUCGCGGCAGUUAAACCCAUCAGAACGUCGCAAGCUAGGAAGGAGGAUGCUAGGUUUUGCCGAAACCAACGCAUCGCCUAUUACAACGACAAAGUACGCCAACCAGAGCUGUCUAUUGAUGGCCAGGCAACGAUUGGAUGUUGCCUUCGAACGUACACGCUGGUAUCGAUUCAGUGUACUCGAGCCGUCGUGCUUGGUCUGGAGUGGUGGUGACGUCGACCACAACCCCAUGUCCAAAUGGAGCGACACCCGGGAACUCGAUUGGGGCAAUGGCUGCCAACCGGGCAACACCAAUCCCAAGCCAAUGGAAACCGCUGCAUCAUCCCACGCCACGACCAUCAAGCUGCCCUUGUGCGGCGGGACACACCAGGCCCGACUUGGCUUUCUCUGCUCACCUGUGCCGCGCAGUUCCAUUCCUUCGGGUCUCUCGAAGGGGGCUGACAGCCGGACGGAGACAGAAUACCUUACACAGUACCUUGCCGAGUGUCUAGUUGCCUCCUUUUCCGCUGGCCGUCAGGACUCAGAAGUCAGAAACCACUCAGCUUGCACCAUCGACAAGCCUUGCCGGAUCCUACCCCGGCCUCAUCGGUCAAGGGCCUGCUAUCCGUAUAUGGCUUGCUUCAGGUCGUCACCUGAAGAAUCGUCUUCUCACCCCGGCGAGGCAGGCAAUGCCUCGGGCUUUGCCGUCAUUGCAGCAAACAGCGCAGCAUGCCUUGCCCGGCCUGCUACCGACCACUGGAUUCCAGGUUCACCUCACCGCGUUACCUUGAAUGGGUAUCAAGUUGGGAAAUACAACGGUGAUAACUGCAGCUCGGUUGCGAGUUGCGAGAUGCGACUCUCAAGUCCCUACCAGACCGUGCCUCUUCCCUCGGGGGCCAGCCCCGGGACGUUGGCGGUUCUCCUCCCGCAGAGUUCUUCCCAGUCCACAGUCGCAACUGACUCGUUGUUUACGCGACCCUCCGCUAGCGGUGUCGCAGUGUCUCAACGAGAUGGAAGCCCAAACACUUCUGCUUGGGAAGCAGGAAUCCACCCCAUGGGUCUCCGCCUCUGCGACACUAUGUACACAGGGCCGGCGGCGUAUGCCAAAAAACGAGGCGGUUCAGCGGCACAAUUACACUCUUCUGUCUCAGACGCCCUGCCCAAGGGCGGCUGCUUCCAGUACACCACGGGCGCUACAGGCCGGUGGAUACGAAGACCCCGCACUCCCACGCCAGUCCCUACUGUAUUCCCUGACUUGCGACUCCAUACUGGGACUAAGACGCUGUCAAUGGCAACUCUCGCAAGUAUCGGGCCGGCAAGUGCGCAAGUCAUUAGUGCCAAGAGACGUCUGGCACUGAUUCCCGACUCGGCAGGCAGCGCAUUCAAUGGACUUUACGCAGGGGAACUCAGCGGGCUCAAGACAUCCGCAACGACACAAGGGAUAAUGGGAUGGGAUGGUGUUCGAGGAGGCUGGGGGAGGAGGAUCCCUAACCCAGAGGCACCCUCGCUGCUUCUUUCACUGGCCAGUAGCCUGAAAGGGGCCAGCUUGAGGAGGGGGCAGCCAGCUUUUGGUGACUUUGCGCCCUUGAGCUUGAGGGACUUGGUUGCCCUUACAUUUUACUGCGACACUGUUAUCAACGGAAAAUACAUCAUGACCGCCUCGCGGCUACGUACAAUACAACUCUACACCGAGCUACUGACCGAUCAUGAACAUCAACUUUGCCCGCCUAUGCCAAAUUUUACAGUUGCAUUGGGCUAUCGACUGCUUGGCAGGUCGAUCAGGCGCACGCUUGCUGGGCAAAUUCGCGUCGAUUCUCGCGGAUAA